AUGCAACGGACUCCAGUCAUCAUCUCAACAGACCCGGGAGUAGAUGAUAUUGUAGCGAUCCUCUUCGCUCUGGCAUCCCCAGAAUUAGAAAUCUUGGCCUAUAUUCCCAGCUUCGGAAACACAGAUAGCGAAAGCGCAUAUUCAAACAUUCUAAAAGCUUAUGCUGCAAUCGCUCGGCAUCUAGAACAAUUCCCUGGUGAUGCUACACGUUUCCCUAAUUUCUCUCCCUCUGUGCGACCGAUCCUCGCACGUGGAAGUGAUGGGCCCCUUCAAGGCGACUUGCAUAGCGCUCAGUACUUUCAUGGAAGAGAUGGGCUCGGUGGCAUCACGGAGCGACAUCCUGAACUUACACCGGACGGACUUGAAUAUGUUACCCUAACGCUAAAGUCUGGGAUGGAAGUCGUCGUUGACCUCAUUCAGAGCCGACCCUCUCGAACGAUCACCUACAUCGCAUUAGGCCCGUUGACAGACCUCGCAAACCUGAUGGAAGUCAACGCUGGCUUGAUUCGGGAAAAAAUUGGCCGAAUCGUCUGCAUGGGCGGGAAUCUCGAUGUUCCCGGGAAUACUACACCAGUUGCUGAAUUCAACUUUUUCGCGGAUCCCUUCGCGGUCAAAAAGUUACUUAUCGAGGACGAGAUGCUGCUGCCACUAGACCGCUUCAUCAUGCUCCCGCUUGAUAUCACCACAUCGCACGAAUUGCCCUUUCCGACUUACAAGGAGCGUGUGGAUCCCCACUUCGAGACAUCUGCCCGUCCAUCAAUACCCAGUGCAAAAUCUCCCCUGGUUCAUUUUACUUCUUCGUUCCUUGAACAGGCACGCGUCGUCAUGCUUCAGUUCGGAAAAGACGCCAUGGAGUUGCACGACAUCGUGGCUGUCUGGUGUGCGAUUUCAAAUCCACCAGUGUUGGAUAAUUCUCUGGCAGUUGGUUGGAGAACACAUAACCGAGUCUUUGAUGUCGAAAGGACUGGCGAAUUAACGAGAGGCUGUCUUGUCGUCGAUCGCAGAGCGGACGAAGGUGCAUACGCUCUUGGAGCAGACAGAUCUACUUCCUCGGUAAUGCCUGCGCUUGUCGAAACUGAGGAUGCUCCCCGCGAUCUUAAGGGAAAUGGUGUCGCAUGCUGCACUAGAACCCCAGGUCCUUCCGUACUAUUAGAAAUGUUGCUCAGUCGAGUGUGGGGUGUGUGA